AUGGACACGACGCUGUCCGAGUAUGCGGCGAGCCUGGCCGAGUUCUACGUGUUUGACCCGCGUCUGGGCCGGUCUGAAGGGAAGGAGCACGAGGCCGUGCUGUACUACUACCCGCACUCGCUGCCGUUGUCUGUAAAGACAAGGAACGUUGGCCUCUCGCAAGCCUUUGUCAACUUUGCGGCGCAGUUUUCUCCCAAUCAGCCGCUGUCUGCAGCACACACUCGCAAGCAUCGGGCGGCGUACUUCAAUCCGGAGGGCGAGUACUGGCUGGUCCUUGUUGUCCGGCUGCCGUACUCUGUGGUGGAGAGCAAGGACGAGGAGGGCAAUGUCGUGCAGGAUAACGUGUACGAUGGGACCAAGGUGACGGAUGGCGGGUUGACGACCAUGAUCAAGCAAGUCUACGCCAUGUUCAAGCUCUUCAACGCCUCAUUCUCGUCUGUGGUGAGCAAGUACUCGAUCGAGGUCCUCCGCUCCAAGCUCGAGUUCUUCCUCACGCCGUACAUCACCUCGAUUGACUUUGGCUCGCUGGACAUGUUCCACUCGCUCGCCGGCAUCCACUACCUGCCCAUCGACAAGAACGUGUACCUCCGCAUCCAGUGCUUUGUUAACGCUCUGGAGGACGCAUUCCCGGUUGUCGGCGCCUCGGUCUUUCUCUUUGACGACCACCUGGUGUACUCGGGCCUGGGGCCGGACGACAUGCGCAUCCUGUACAAGUACUUGCUGGACAAUCUGGCGGUUGGCGGCGCCAACGUCGACCUCUCCAAGACGCCGCGCAACCACCCGAUGCCGUCGCUCAAGCCCAAAGCCGGCACGCGGCGCGUCCUGCCCGACGGCUUCCUCACCGGCCCGGCGAGCCUGACGGAUCCGGACUCGCCGAUCAAUGCGCCGCACGUGUUUGUGGGUGAUGACGAGGAAAAGUUCCUGCUCAUCUACCAUGCCCACGGCGCGGUCCUCCUCCUUCUUCUUGAUGUGACCGACCCGGUAGCGCUGACUUCAGUUGACCUCUACGCUGCGCUCGAGCGCGAGAUCAAGCCGCAGAUGGACACGCUUGUCUCGUCCAUCCUGGGCUUUGCGGCCGACACCCGUGGCGCGAGCUCGUCGUCGACCGACUCGGACUCGGCCUACGCCUACUUUAACUCGAUGAACCUCGCGCUCAAGAGCUCGCUCGCCUCAGCCGACGCGCUCUCGCCCUCGCUCCGGUCCAUGAUUUGGGCCAUCGGCAGCGACCUCUCGCUCCACCGCGAGGGCAUCACCGAGGUCGACAUCAAGGCCGACCCCGAGGGCUGGGUCACCGGCCGCAAGUCGGACUCGCGCGAGUUGUACGUCGUCUUUGACGCCAAGAAGGCCAACCUCAUCGAGGUCUCACAGGAGAUUGCCCGCAUCUCCAAGUCGACCUUUUCCAACCGGGCAAGGACCACUGCGCUGGGCAGGGUCUCGGCGCUGCCGUGGGACUUUUCGGCCUUUGGGCAGGGGCAGAGUGUGGCGGGAGGCGUGGCAGCUGGAGAUGCGGUGGCGGAAGGCGCGGCGCCGGCGGCAGCGCCGGCCGCAACAGGCGAUCUGCUGGGCAACAUGGGGCUGCCGCCGUUGCUGACGGCGGCUCGCCGUCAGGGUGGCAUUGCGGCGCUGGGGGUGACCAAGCUCGGCUCGUUCUCGCCGCGGCAGAGACAGUCGAGGCCGCGGGUGCAGCCGUUGCCGAGCUCGGCGGCAGGGCAGGCGGCGAUGCGGCUCGGGGUGCGGCGGAGAGCAGGCGAGGCGGCAGCAGGCGAGGCAGCAGCGGCAGGUGCGGCGGUGGCAGUGGCCGAGGCCACGGCAGAUGAGGUGGGCGGGGAGCGGGUGAUGACGGCUGAAGAGCGCCGGAAGGCGGCAAAGCGAGCGAGGAACAGGCGGUACUACGCCGAGAACAAGGCCCGGCUGCUGGCCAAGGCCAAGACGCGGUACUCGCCGCGCAAACGGGGUGGCCGACGCCAGAACCGUGAUCUGCCGCACAAGUGCGCCGUUGAUGGUUGUGACUUUGCCUGCAAGUACCCGUCCAAGCUCGCCGUCCACAUGCGGAGCCACACCGGCGAGCGGCCGUUCCGCUGCACUCAUUGCAGCUACGCGGCGACGCAGGAGGGCAAUCUCAAGUCCCACAUCAAGGCCAAGCACGGUGGGUGAAAGAUUGUGUUGUAUAUUUGGGGAAGGGGGGGAAAGACGCUCACUUGCUUGUCAGAUUUCGUCCGACGAGAGCUGCGAGGUGUCGUCAGUCGAGGAGGGCUCGGGCGCUUGAGGCCCGAGGGAGAUAGCUGAGGCGACGGCAAGUGCCUCAGCAUCCGAGAGGGGCGGAGGGCGGGCGCCAAUCUUGGGACGAACAAUCCGGCGAGUUCGCGACCGCUUGUACAUGAGAGUGAUGACGAUGGCAGAAAUGACGACAACGAUGCCCG